CGCCUAAUCACAUACCAUCAAGUAAACAAACCUAGCAGACAACUUUUUUAUGGAGAUAUCUGACUUUUAAUUGAAUUUGACCACAAUCUGCAGAGAUGAGACUCAAAACGACUUUACAGAAGGAACCUAAACAUUCUGAUUUAGUCAGUUGUGUGGGAUGGACAACACCAGAUGAAGUCUUUUCAUGUGCUGAUGACCAUCAAAUUUUAAAAUGGAAUUUAAUUGGAAAUCACGAAACUUCCAAUAUUAUGACAUUACCAAAAGAUUGUUACCCUACUGGAAUGCACUGGUUUCCUAAAACUAGUAGUGGUGGUGGUUCCAAGAAAUCAGUAUCUGAUGUUUUUGUUUUAACCUCAACUGAUGGAAAGUUUCGGUUGAUCAGUAGAACUGGACGUGUUGAGAAAACAGUUGAUGCUCAUAAAGGAGCUGUAUUAUGUGGACAGUGGAGCUCUAAUGGUACAGCUUUAGUCACAGCUGGAGAAGAUGGCCAGGUAAAGAUUUGGUCAAGAAGUGGAAUGUUGCGUUCAACAUUGACACAAAAUAGUUUACCAGUAUAUUCUGUAUCAUGGGGUCCUGAUGGUGAACAGGUUUUAUUUACUAAUGGUAAACAACUGGUUAUCAAACCAUUACAAGCUAAUGCUAAACCUACCAUGUGGAAAGGCCAUGAAGGUAUUAUUUUAGUGGUACAUUGGAAUCCAGUUAAUAAUUUAAUCAUAUCUGGUGGAGAAGACUGUAAAUAUAAGGUGUGGGAUAUGUAUGGUCGUAUGUUAUUUAGCAGUGGAACACAUGAUUACCCUAUAACAUCUGCCGCUUGGACACCUGAUGGAGAAAUGUUUGCUGUAGGAUCAUAUAAUACAUUAAGAUUAUGUGAUAGGAGUGGGUGGUCAUAUGCCCUAGAGAAACCCAAUACUGGUAGUAUAUUUAAUCUAGCCUGGUCUAGUGAUGGUACACAAGUAGCUGGGGCUAGUGGAAAUGGACAGGUCAUUAUUGCUAAUGUUAUAGAAAGGAGACUGGAAUGGAAGAAUUUUGAAGCUACUGUGAAUGCUAGUAAACAGAUAAUAGUGAAAAAUGUAAUGAAUGAUACAUUAGAGAAACUAGAUUUCAGAGAUCGUAUUGUUAAAGUAUCAUUAGAUUUUAACCAUCUAGUAGUAGCUACCUCUUCACAAUGUUAUGUCUAUAGCUCUAGAAACUGGAAUACACCAAUGAUCUUUGAUUUAAAAGAAGGCAGUGUUACAUUGAUCAAACAGACUGAAAAACAUUUUGUAAUGGUAGAUGGAGUUGGUGUAUAUGUAUUUUCGUAUGAUGGUAGAUUGGUAUGUUCACCUCGGUACCAGGGAAUGAAAGCAGAUAUAUUAAAUACACAAACUAUAUCUAUUAGUAAUGAUACUGUAGCUAUCAGAGAUAAAACCGAUGAAAAAUUGGUGUAUGUAUUUGAUGCUCUAACUGGUAAACUAAUGGGAGAUGGUAAACCUAUAACUAAUAAGUUAGAAGUAAUGGAGAUAGCAUUAGAUCAAUGUGGACCAACAACAGAAAGACGUUUAGCUAUUAUAGAUAAAAAUAGAGAUCUAUAUUUAACAUCGGUGAGAAUAUUUGGUACUGAGAGGAAGUCAGCUAAACUAGGUACAAUGAUCCAGUCUAUGGCGUGGAAUGAUGAGACUAAUAUGUUAGCUGGUAUGACUGAUGGUAAACUAAUGGUAUGGUACUACCCUAAUACAUUAUAUGUUGAUAGAGACUUGUUAACCAAGACUAUAUUCACUAGAGACUCAACAGAAUUUGGUAAAGAUCCUCAACUAUUAUCUUUUAUUGGUAAUCAUUUAAUAUUACGUCGAGCUGAAGGUUCUUUAGUCAGUACAUCUGUAUCACCCUAUAUAGCUGUUCUACAUGAUUAUGUCAAUGGUUCAAGAUGGGAAGAUGCUGUCAGAUUGUGUCGUUUUGUCAAGGACGAUUCUUUAUGGUCCUGUUUAGCAGCUAUGGCUUCUUAUGCCAAAGAUUUGAACACAGCAGAGGUAGCGUAUGCAGCCAUUAAAGAGGUAAAUAAAGUACAGUUUAUAAUGAAUAUUAAAGAUAUACCCAUUAAAGAAGCUAGGAAUGCUGAAAUGGCUUUAUUAUGUGGUAAUCCUUCUGAUGCUGAAGCUAUAUUAUUACAAGCUAAUUUAAUAUUCAGAGCUAUCAUGUUAAAUAUUCAACUUUAUAACUGGGACAGAGCUCUAGAACUGGCUGUUAAACAUAAAACUCAUGUUGAUACAGUGAUGGGAUACAGAUUAAAAUAUUUAGACAGAUUUGAUAAGAAAGAAAAUAAUAAAAGAUUUUUACAAUAUAAAGAAGGGAUUGAAAUAGACUGGGAAAAAAUAGAAUCUAAGAUAGAAAUGGAAUAUCAGAAAGAAAGAGAGAGACCAUCUGGUGGUAGUGCAGCGCCUCGUUCUAGACCAACACCUGCAUCUACAGCUCCAGCUUCAUCCUGA